GCAGAAAAGGGGGCAACUCUUUCCCUGUCAAUGCUACUAAAGCACAGGUCUAACAAAGCAAUGGCAAUUCCACUGAUGAUGACUAUGAUGAUGAUUGGAAGGGGGACUAACCGACAGGUGAUACAUGACCUAAACCAUCUAGGAGUUGCUGCCUCCUACGAUCAAGGUUGGCGAUAUCUGGAAGGCAUAGCAGAAGAACAAAGAAAAGUGAAAGAAAUAUGCAAGGGACCAUGCCUGUGGGUUUACGACAACCUCAACAUAACAAAAAAUGUAGCACACCAAAGAAAGGAAGAUCAGACUAAAAUGUGGAACAUGACCACAAGACUAGUAAUCCAAAUUGAUGACAUUCCAGCCGAUCAGCCAACAGCCACAGCAACAAAGAGGCGACAAGACCUGAAAGAAGAAGAUAUUCUUCCAUCUUCAAAAGAUGCUGAUGAAAUCUACGAAAAUGCUACGUCCUACCUCAUGUUCUUCUUGACAAGCAAAUUUGAUUACCUCCAACAUCUGACAAGUGUGUGUCCACGUCCUGUGCCCUACAAGACACCAACAAAAGCAGUAGUUGCACCACUCGAGAUAUUAGAUAUUAACGAAAGAAGUACGGAUGGCAACAUUCAAGUCUUAGAAAACUUUGCACGAGACACAGAAAAGUCAGAAACAACACCGGUUCCAAUUGUAGGUGACCAACUGACCUGCAAGAAUAUCAGAGGGGCUAGAAGGCUUCGUUUACCUGAAACACAAGAACUUCACAAGCUUACUUGGGCAAAAGAGUCACCAGGAGACUUUCACUUCACUUGGGAAUGCCUCACUGUUUGUAUACAAACUCUCUGGGGUUCAGCAAAAGCUAUCGGUACCCUGAAACACCUUCAAGACAUUGUGCAUCGAACUUCAGUUGAUAAGAACGUGAAAAAAUUUAGACCUGCUGACGAAUUUUUGACUCAUGCCUUUGAAGCUCAUCUUAUAGCAGCAAUAUGUAAACAUUUUGGAAUUCAAAAGAAAUCUGAUCCCAUACCUCAUCCCAAGAAUAUCGAAUUUGACUGGCUCAGGAAAAAUGCAGAAGAGAUAUUAUCAAAAACUAUUGCCAUCAAAGAUGUUCAGUAUCCGGACACAGACGACGAAGAUGAGAUCUACAUGUACCAUAGAACUCUACUGCGCAUGGGGUAUCUCUAUACCAAUCUAAGACAAGCUAUCAGGUAUGAGAACGGGCCUGAAAUUAUACGGAUGUGGCGUACCUUCUUGUUGUAUUUCCUGGGAGCUGGCAAGUCCAACUAUGCGUCAGAGGCUGCUAACCUGCUCGCAAACCUGGCAGCCGACUGGCCGACUCGAGUAGCCUACAUUCACACCCACCAUCGAACGGUCAACACUGCAGGAAAAGCAGGCCACGGAAAGCCUGUUGAUCAACUCAUUGAACAUUACAACUUAAUCGUCAAAAAUGCAGUAAGAUCAGCGGGACCUAAUCUCACAAAGAAACACUUGGCAGUUGUCUCAAGAUCAGCCUUUGCUCUCUAUGAAGCCACGCAAAUGGCAGAUACUACACUAGGCCGACAAGUAGAAAAAUACCAUUCAGUGAGAUCUCCUGAUGGUGACAUAAACGACAUGGUAGAGGUGCUCUUGGCCGAAGAAGUUGUAACAGAAAAAAGUGGGCGGCGUUUAGUGGACUGUAAGUUUUCAGAUCCUCGUAGAUUAGGCAUUUGGAAGAAGGAGGCAAGAUGGAUCACAAAAUUCCUUGCUAAAACGAGCAAAGACGAAGAACGUAGUGACGAACAAGCACAGGAAUGCCGGGAAGUAGAGGACCCGGAUGAUAUAGAGUUAUUUUAGUAGCUAGCUAUAGGCUACUUUUCUUGACUCUCUCUGACGUUUUGGUGGCUUUUAAAAAAGCCGGUUAUGUAGAGAUUAGAGAUUCUUGAUAAGGUGAUUUCUGUACAUUAUAUACAUUGAAUUCGAAGUAACUUGUAGGAGGAAUUACUAACUCUAGGACUUGUCAUUGUGUGGGAAAUUGAAUAUGUCAGUGAGAGCUCCUCGACUACA